UAGUGCCACAGCCGUCGCUUCUUUGUGCAGUCGCUCAACACGACUCAGACCUACCUCGUCUCUGACCGUCGCAGCAAUGUUCAUGCAUCGUCGCUAGCUCACACGAUGUGGCUCAGAAGGCUUGAGUGGGCGACGGAUGAGCAGCUCGACCGGAUUUCUGAAAUCUGGUCUACGAGCCUCAGAGAUGCAUGGAUCGUUCAAGCCAAUCAUGGCUUUGAUCAGACAAUCGUAUCGAGAGCUUUUCGAUAUCGAGCUCAGGUCGGUGUAACCGAUGCUUGCGUCUGGGUCGCAGGGGAGAAAGAAGGAGAAAUCCAGGGUGCGAUGCAUGUCUUUCCCAAAGGGUGUGAUAUUUGGGUCUCGAAGACGGCCAAAUCUGCUUGGCCGACUUGGCAAGAUGCGAUGGAUCCGCAAGUGUAUGCGUGGAAGUUGAGAGAGGUUUCGCCGAGACUCGACGAUCUCUACGACCGAGCAUGUCGAAAAUACAAUACAACGCUCAAAGAAUCCAUCUUCCUCAGUGUCAUCGGUGUCGAUACAAAAGCCCAACGCAGGGGUAUAGGCGAAGCACUGAUGAGCGUCCUCAAGAAAGAAGCUGUCAAGUUGAAUACCAUCAUUUGCUUAGCGUGCGGAGAGGAAGAUACGGUCCGAUGGUAUGAGAAAGCGGGUUUCGAAGAUGUGUUGUCAGACGCAAUGGAUAUCCGUGGAAGACAAGGCAGAGUGCAUGUGAUGCUGUGGAGGGCCUCAAUGGAGGGCCGAAGUACAAAUCCCCGGCACUGUUCCGAAUGGUCAAGCUGGUAAGAAGACAUCAAUGUCCGGUAGCUCGUGCUAUGGACCACCUCUUGGGAUCCGAUUCAGGAUCUCGCAUGCGAACUUUCAUAAUCGAGUCGAAUGCUAUGACUCGACUCGACUGAUACAUGACCGCGCAAAUAUGCAUAAAUCCAUAGAUAUGCACUCCACAUAAGGAUGGACA